UCUUCUCUUUGUUGGCAUCGUCACUACUUUUAUAAUGGCAGCCUCCUAUUUGAAAACAAUACAUUACUAGUGACUAGUGCGAACGACAUUUACAAAUAAAAUAUUUUGUAUUGCUGAUAAUAUAAACUUGAGUAUUUACAUAGCUAAUUAUUUCUAAGUUUACUGAAAUCUGUUUUCCUGAUUUCUGAAAGAAAUUAGACAUUAACUGUUGUCCACCAUGGCAAGCCAUGGACAAAGCAAUCCUGCAGUGGCUAAGAAGCUGUUAGAUAGCAUGCAGAAUGACCUGCGGACCUUAUCUGCUGAAUGUAAACGUAAACAUCCGGAAGUUAAAGAGUAUGCUGAGAUGGUUCAGGUGAAGCUAAGGACCAUAUCAACACAGCAUGAUGACAUCAUUGCAGGUCUGUUGUCAGUGAGCGCUGAUGUUGUCCAGCCAUUUGUUAUGGGUUGCGUGACUAAGAACCCUAAGCUCCUCCCACUUUGUCUGGUGGCUGUUCAGAGGAUGAUAUCCCACGAAGCUAUCUCCACUGCUGCUGCAGACGCAAUCAUUGGGAUGUUGUGGCACUUGAUGGAGGCUGGACUGGAAGAGCUGAAGCUGUUACAAACUGCUAUUUUGCUACUGACCAUCAAUUCAGUUGUGCAACAUGACUCUCUGGCUAAGGCUCUUGUGUUGUGUUUUCGUCUUCACUUCACUAAAGACAGUACCACUAUUAAUACAGCUGCCGCAGCCAUCAAGCAACUUGUCUCUGCAAUAUUUGAUCGAGUGGUAAUAGAGGACAGAAUUCUUAUAAGAGAUACUACUGAAGCGGUCAAUUUAGAGGAGCUCAAGGCAGGAAGUAAGAUACCCCCAAAAUCUCUAAGACCAUGUGCUGGGGACGCCUAUCUUUUGUUUCAGGAUCUAUGUCAACUUGUCAAUGCUGACCAGCCAUUCUGGUUGACUGGGAUGACUGAGAUGACCAGGACUUUUGGCCUUGAACUACUGGAGUCUGUGUUAACCAGCUACCCAAGCACUUUUUCUCUGCACCCAGAAUUUACUUUUAUGCUGAAAGAGCGAGUCUGCCCACUAGUCAUCAAACUGUUCUCACCCAGUCUGAAGUAUCGCCAAGGCCUCCCUCCUGUGCCUUCACCUGCUCCAGUGGAAAAACCUUUUUUUCCGAUUGUCAUGAGACUUCUGAGGAUAGUAUCUGUCUUGAUAAAGAGUUACUAUCCACAGCUUGUCACAGAGUGUGAAAUAUUUCUGUCUUUGUUGGUCAAAUUUUUGGACCCUGAAAAGCCAAUUUGGCAACGCUGUUUGUCAUUAGAAGUUCUACACAAGCUGUCUGUCCAGCCAGAGCUGAUAAAAUGUUUCUGUCAGUCAUAUGACAUGAAGCCACACUCCACUAAGAUAUUCCGUGACAUUGUUAAUGCACUAGGUGCCUUCAUUCAGUCCCUCUUUAUGAAUCCUCAAGGUGGACCUGUUUCACAGACAGUUGCUAAAGUCCCAGACACCCAAGGAACACCCCCAGCACUUGUAGGUGGUAUGCCAGUUGGUGGAGGUGUUAGUCCUCAGCCAGCAUUCAUAUACAGAGGAGUUUGGAUCCCACUCAUCAGCAGUAUCCCUCAUGGUCAAGUGAAGCCAUGUUUUCUUGAACUUUUGGACAAAACUGACCCUCCUCCAGUUCCAGAUGGCUAUGGUGUCUCAUUGGCUUUCAGAUGUCUGAUGGACAUGACAAAGUCUGUUCAGACUCUGGUUAUGGGGGAGGGGGAGGAAGGUGAGCCCAAAGCCAAGAAGGAAAUUGAUGUCACUGAAACAUCGGAGGAGGAUAAACUUCUGAAGAUGGAGCUGAUCAAUUCCUCAUGGUGUGGAAUGUUAGCUGCACUGUCACUUCUCUUGGAUGCCAGUCAUGAAGACUUUUUUCGCACUGAUGAGACAGCUACUGAAAUGAUACUGAAGGCUCAGGAGUCCUACGCAAACAUGUGUGGGCACCUGGCCAUGAGCAUGCCCAGAGAUGCUUUCAUCACUGCGUUAUGUAAAGCCUCCUUACCUCCUCACUACACACUCACCAUUCUUAACUCACACGCCAACAGUGGACAGCUGAAAGUAUUAAACAGAACCGCCAGCAUGGAAUCUCAAUCAGCAGGAGACAGUGUUGAGAGGAGCCAGGUGGUUGCUGUUGGUACAGCACUUCCAACAGCUAACUUGCCAGCUGGGUCACACCAGAGUCAGGUCAUGUUGACUGCCAAGAACAUUCAAGUGAUGAGAGCCCUGCUGAGCCUGGCACACUGUCAUGGUGACAUACUGGGCUCAGCCUGGCAUCUGGUGCUGACCACUCUGCAGCAUCUUGUUUGGAUUCUGGGCCUCAAGCCUUCAAGUGGAGGAAGUUUAAAAGCUGGCCAACAGAUUAGUGACACCAGUAACACCGUUAUUACUACAGCUGUGAUGGCUGACCUUCCUGUCCUCUCUGGCAUGUUGUCCCGACUCUUUGAAAGUUCACAAUACCUAGAUGAUGUGGCCCUACACCACUUGAUAGAUGCCCUAUGUAAGUUGUCCACAGAGUCUAUGGAAGUCGCCUACAACAACCGGGAACCUUCGCUGUUUGCCGUGGCCAAGCUGCUGGAGAGUGGAUUAGUCAACUUAGGUCGUGUGGAAGUCUUGUGGAGACCAGUGACUGCCCACCUGUUGGAGGUCUGUCAGCACUCGCAUGCCGAGAUGAGAUCCUGGGGGGCCGAGGCUGUGACGUCAUUGGUGAAGGCAGCCCUCGCCCACAAGUACGAGCCGCCUCUCCACGAGAACUUGAAACUUCAGUCCGCCAUCUUGCUGCCACUGGAAGAACUCUCCACCAUCUCUUACAGCGACAUCAGGCAGAAACAGCUGGACAGCGUCUCUCACGUUCUGCACAACAACGGACACCAACUUCUGCAUGGGUGGCCCACGGUGCUGGGAAUCAUUGGCGCCGUCACCAAGGAACACGGAGAGAAACUUAUUCAACAAGCCUUUCAGUGUCUCCAACUUGUUGUGACUGACUUCCUGCCAAUCAUUCGACCUACUUACCUUCAGGUGGUGGUACAGGUAGCUGCUAGAUUUGGUCUACAGCAGCAAGAAUUGAAUGUUAGUCUUACAGCCAUUGGCUUGUUGUGGAAUAUUUCUGAUUUCUUCUUUCAAAAUCGACAAGUAAUAAAGCAAGAACUGGAUUCUCUGGCGCAGCCUGCAUCUGCUGUUAAUGGAAAUGAAAGCAGCAAGAGCCCUGGGCCGUUUGAUGCCCUGUGGAUGUGCCUGUUCUCUCAGCUUGGGGAGCUGUGUGUGGACUCGAGACCAGCAGUCAGAAAAAGUGCAGGGCAGACUCUAUUCUCCACAAUCUCUGCACAUGGUAGUUUGCUUCAGCACCAGACUUGGCACAAUGUCCUAUGGCAGGUUUUGUUCCCGCUGUUAGAAAAUGUCCAGAAGUUCUCCAGCUCUGCCUCAACCAUCAGGGACAAAGAAUCUACUGGGAACAUUUUGAUUCAUCACUCUAGAGACACAGCAGAGAAACAGUGGGCAGAGACUAGAGUUCUUUCCCUUGCAGGUGUUGCAAGAACUUUCAAUUCCAAGAGAAAAAUGUUGCAAGGAUUAGGGGAUUUCCCAAGAGCCUGGUCCUUACUGUUAGACCACAUUGAACUGUCUGCUCUGUGUCGUAACUCUGAGGUGGCACUGGCAGCACUUAAGAGCUUUCAAGAAAUCCUACAGAUUGGCAGAGCAUCUAAAGGAACAGAGGAGAAUGAUGGCAGCAGCCUUGGUGUGGAGCCACCCACAGGAGAAGUGAUCAACCGGUCAGGGGAGCUCACCCACAAAAAACUUGAAUUGUUUUCAAAAGGACCAAUCUCCGACUCCUCAGACAAUGACAUUCCACUUUGGACAGCAGCGUGGAAGGUCUGGCUAAAUAUCGGCACUGAAGUGACCAAACCUCCAGAGCACACGGAGAAAAUGAUAAGUAAGGUGUACCUGCCUUCUCAACAGUUUUUGACGGCCAUGAUACAGACAUUCCCUCCCUUGUUUGAGCACAUCAAGUCCAGGUUCUUGACCAGUGACCUCCAAAAGCUGUCCACUGUCCUGCGGGGGACACUGUGUGUACCGGUGCAGAGUGACUCCUCCCCUUUUAUAAUUCCUUCCUACCCAGAGGUCAGUGUCACACCCCUCCAGGAAGCUGCUCUUUCAGCCAUGGACACAUUAAUAAAAACUGUUCAGAGUGGACCAGAGACCAUGCAGGCCAUGUAUCCAGAUAUAUUUCAACAGCUGCUUACAUUUGUCAGCUUUGGGGUUAAUACUCCAAAGUUUGGUGAGAUGGAAACAAAGACAUUUGGAAUAGUUAGAGGACCUCAAGCUGACUGGGUCAUCAUGAAUUUUGUGCCCUUUGCUGAGCGGGCUGCACUAAUGACAGUUGACCUUUACAGAGGGACUGCAUCUCAUCCAGCUGUCAUCAAUGCCAACAUACUUCAGAAUAUACUUAAGACCUUCCGCCUUCCUCUGGGGCUCAAGUAUGACUGCCCAUCGCCCACAACAUGGAUGCUGGUAGCUGAUUCUUUGUUUGUGGUCUUAGCAGUGGGACUUCCAGUGGCACGCCAGCAUCGUAAAUCUUUCCCAACAAUGUGGUCAGAGCUUGCUGGACUUUUUGAAGAUUUCCUUUUUUCUCAGCGCCCAUGUCCAGCCACACUUUCUGUAGAAGACUUCCAGAGGGAUGAGGCCUUUGACUGUCGGAUAGUACAACUGAUACGUGAUGACAUACUUCCGCAUGCUGGUCACCUCCCACAAGAGUUUAUGGUCAAGGUGAUGGACAUACUAAACAAGGGCUCCAUUCACUCUACUACCUCAGAUUCCUUUGUUGCAGAUACAGAGUCCAGUAGGAAACUGCGGGAGGACUUUGCCAGGACUUGUUUUGAAACGCUUCUUCAGUUCUCAUUUGUUAGUGAUGUUGUGUCAGAGCAAGGUCAGUUGACACGUCUGGCUGUCAUGUCUUUAUUGCGCAGAUGUCAUGAUGUGAUCACCAAAUAUGUAGAAGACGAGAGACUUAGCGGCAAAUGUCCACUGCCAAGAGCUCGUCUCGUGGAAAUGUCAUCUGUGCUAAAGGCCAUUGCUACUUUACUGAAGUCAUUAAAGAAGGCUCCUAAAGAGAAUGUUGAACCAAAUGUGUGGAGUAAGGUGAUCAAGUUAUACCCAGCCCUAGUUGAAUGUACUACAUCACCGUCUCCUCAUGUCUCAAAAUCUCUGAGAGAUGUCCUUCACGAGUUUUGUGAUUUGCUGGCGCCACCUUCGGCAGCGGCUGUUCCAAAUGGGAGAUAAUCCUAUUUAUUGGAUGAGCUAAACAAAAUCAGUGGAUUAUCUGCCUUUGAAGUGAUCAUUAUGAUGGGAUAUGUAAUAAAUUUUGAUUGAUUAUUGAAACAAACUAUUGUAUUUUCAUAAUAGGUAACAAAUAUUUAUACUUAUGUAUGAUAAUAUUAUCAUUUAGUUGUUGGUUAAUUUAAUUGUUUGUUUUUUAUUCAUAUUUUUUUUUUAGUUGCAACAAUAAACUCUAUAUGACCUGUAUGUGAUAUUUCAUUCCAAAUAUAGCCAAUAUAUCGUAUUUGUAGAUUUGUUUCAUUUCAGUUAUUGUUGAUAUAAUCAAGAUUGGCUCUUGAGUUGGAUAAAUCUCAAUGUCUGAUUUUGUUUUAGGUGUGAAAUUUUUUUGAACAUAAUGUUGUGUAUCAUUUUGGAUAUAUUUUGAUGACUUUAUGAUUUAAUUACUCUAUACAUUGUUGUUUGAUAAUUGAAUGCCUGGUGUAAACAGUAUUGCAGCUUUGAGUGCCUGAUAAGUAUUUUGGAUUUUAUCUUUUUUUUAUUUUCUAAUUCAUUGUUUAUCGUUUAAUUUAUUGCUAAAUAUUUUAAAGAAUGUUGGCUAAUGUUAACUCAGUUUAGUAUGUUCUUUAAUGAUUUACUUUUUUAAAAAUUAGAAUUACGUUUAUUGCAAUGUGAAUUCCUAAUGGUGGAAUAAUAAGGUCCAGAAUUUAAAAUUUGAAGUUGCUGCACUGAAUUGGUCCUUCUCAUUGUAAUAAUGUGUGAAAUUGUUAUGCAGAUGUAGAGAGUUUGUGCACAGUUGCCUUCUCUUUGUAUUCUGUUGUUGACAUUUAGACCACUCCUUUUUGUUGUUUUUUUAAGUUUUCCAAUGCUCUCACAUUGGUCAGACUAGUUUUUGUUUUGUCCUAAUUAGGUCAGUCUGUGUUUAAUGUUUUGAAAGCUACUGAAGUAUAACUACUUAAAACUGUAACAUGUAGGCUACUUGUACAUUUCUAUAAUAAAAUAUGAAACAAUCAAGAAAUACAGUGGCAUUCAAAUAGCUAGGUUUUAAAAGAACAACACAAUAAAAAUAGGAAUAUUUUACAACAUUUAAAAAUACUCUUGUAAGAAGAUGUAUAUUGACAAUUGUUUUUUUUUAUUACAUCUGUUUGUGUUGCUAGAAUUGGCUAAUAUGCUUUAUACCCAUACAAACACUUGGACAUUGUUUUGUACAUCCAACUUUAAAUGUCUCAUUUUUCGUAUGAUUUUGUCAAAUUACUUAAAAGUAAAAAGAACAAUUGGCUGUAGUUAUAAUUUUUAUUGGUUCUUAGUCUGAUGAAGUCUAUUUAUGUCAUUAGUAAGUACUUUAUACUCACGGAAGUCAUAAUAUUUAGUAUUUUAAGGUGAUAUGGUAAAAUUGUUGGUAUCAGAAGGAACUCUGUGUUAGAAGAUAUGUCUAAGAAAAUACUCUUUCUAGAGUAAAAAUAAGUUGACUUGGCCCCACUAACUGAGUUUCAAACUUUUGAAAUACAAAUACAAACCUUUUCUCAUCUUGUUUAUUUACAAUGUAUUGUUUUUAUUCUUGAGUAGUUUAUGCAUUUAAAAUCAAAACAGCAUAGGCAUGACAUACUGUUUAUUCAAUCAGUGACUUGGGUUUGUUAAUGAAAUAUACGUGUAUGUCAUGUAAUAGUAAACUGCUACAUCUGUUGCACCAUCCUAUUGAUUUAUAUAUAUAUAUUAAGUUGGAUUGCAGGCCUUUUGAUCAACUCUCUGUUAUGUAAACAGAGUGUCAAUUAAUUUCAUGUUUACUGUGGCAGUACUUUUAUAAAUAGUGUACUGAAAUAUGUAGUUUGUAUUUACCUUGACCUAAGUAAUCAGAUGUGUAUGAUGAAACAUGUUUAUAUAGUUAUGAAAUGUUCUCUAUUGACCUGAGCUUCCACUAACAAAUGAUAUAUUUUACUGAUGUACUAAACAGGCUCUAUAUUUUUCUAUGGUGUCAGUACUUUGAUUGGUUUGUAUUCUUCUUUGUUGUGUAUUGUUUUCUAGUGCAGAAAGUUGAAUCUAGUCUAGAUGAUUUAGACCAGAGAUGAACAAUAAUUUACUUGACCCUUGCUUGCUAGAUUGACAGAACAUGAACAAUGAACAGUAUUUUCUCAAAUGUUAAUUUGCCCAAUUUGCUUAGUGAACAGACUAGUGUAAAUAUUUUGUUCAAUCACUAGAUCAGGACUUUAGGAUAUCAACCAGGAUUUGUUUGUUUGGUAUAAUAACACUAGAUUCUGGGUAGAUGAAUUCACUUUUUUUAUUAGUUUUUUUUUUUUGCUUUCAAGACUGAUUAUAACAUAGUUUUUUUUUUUUCUUACCAAUGGAAUCCAUGUUUAAAAAAGAUUAUAUACUGGUAUUUGUCAUUUCAUAUAUUUUCAUUUUUUUCUGCAUACAUAGAUUCUUAAAUGACUUUUUAUAAAGUAAGCUUUUAAUAUAUAUCUAUAUAUAUAAUAUAUAUAUAUAUAUAUAUAUAUAUCAGGGGUGUAUCUAGGAAUUUUCCAUAAUUUGGAGGCCUGGGGGCUUGUCCUCUUUUGUAAUAUUUAAUGUAAAAAACACUAAUUUGGGGGCAGGGGUGGGGGGGAUUUUCAAAUUCUGCCCCCCCCCCCCCCCUCCUUAAAACAUUAACAAUUUGAGAAGUUCUACCAUAGGUUUAUGAUUUUUUUUAUGUUCUGUUUGUUUAUCUAUAAAGGUUUUAGUUUCCACUAGAAGUGCUGGCUGUAGUGUAACGGAUGUAUGUAUCAUUAAUGUGUGCUAGGCUAUUGUCAGCUGUGAGAAACAAAUCUUCAUGGUUUGACAUUCAAGCUAGUGGGACUCUACUCUAUCUAGUUUGAGAGCUCUCAGCUCCAACUGCUACAUACAAAUGUAUUUAUUUGGCACCAAUUUUGUCUGUGUGGGUGAGUGAAUGUAAAACUUGUUGUUAUAGGAACAUUUGUUCCUCACUAAGAAUGAACAUUUAUUAUAGACUAGGAAUGGACAUAUUAGACAAUGUGAACCAUUAUUUAAAACAAAGAUAUGUCUAUUUCAACUGAAUAAAUAUAUUCAAUUAAACUA